AUUUUUUGUGGAAAAUUCGAACUGUCGUGGCCAAAAGAAGAGAACAAAAAUAGUGGAUGGAGAUGGAACGCAAAACCGCACGAUUUUCAUAUCAAAUCUGAAGCGAUUCCGGAACUCGAGAACUCCCGAACAUGGCGACUGCGAACCGAGAAUCUCGCCGGAGGAAGAUCGUCGAUCGCGGCUCCGACCGCCUGGCCCUCAUCACCGGCCGCAUCCAGUCCCUCCCCGCCGCCGACGAACCUUCUCAGCCGCCCGCGCCUCGCGAUCCCGACCCGCCAUCCCUUCUCCCCCCGGAUCAAUCCGACGGCGGCACAGCUUUGUAUCGUGGAGAAUAUCCAGCCUUUGAGACUGAGCUGCCAAAGGAUCAUCAAAGUGGAGAUGUUAGUGAGACCAAUGGUUCCCGAGGUAGAGAAAAUAUGGAGUUCCUGGCAGAGAAAAGUCAGACAAGCAAUGAACACUCAGAGGCUCCGCCGUUGGAGAUCAGUGAGAACUCAGAAACUUAUUCAUCAUCCGCCUCGCAUCAAAAUGCAUCUCGUCCUACCGUACAUGCAGAGCAACCCUCAGUUCCUCAGGCACAGCGUAGCAUGUCCAUUAGUCCUAAUCAAAUUAGUUCUGCUAUAGAUUCUUCAGUUACUACACGCUUACUCUGUUCUAUGGUAGUGGGGCUGCUGGUGGUUUUAUCAGACAUAGGUUUUCCCCUUUUAGGCAACAAGAUCAUCCGGUCCGUCUUGAUGUUAAGGCCUCUUUACCUCGUUCUGCUUACCAACGUGACACUUGUGCUUGCUCCACUUGUUUUGGACAAGCAAUCAACCAUUGCGAGAACUGUCAGAGGGGAAAAUAAGAUUCCUUCAGCUAACGGGAGUGAUUGGACUGAUCAAGUUGGCAAUAGCUUGGAGUUAGGUUUUCUGAUGAUGAAAGUAAUGGAUGCAGUAGUCAUGGAUUGCAGUGUCUACUCUGUGGUGGUUGUAUGUGGUUUGUCGCUUACACAGAUAUUCUCUUAAAUCCGGAUAAUCUCAUCGGAAUGUGAGAGCCGUUACUAUAGUUGGCUGACUUCAGAGAACAUUUUUGCCAUCAGCAGCAAAAUUUCCUUACUUCUCGUUUUUUUCUGCUUUGUAAGCCUUUGUGGCUGAAUAAUUGCCGGUAUUUUCUGCAGUUUUGGUCCCGUAGACCCAUUUAUUUAUUCUAUAUGCUCGUUUUUAGAUGACGUUAUGCUGUUGCCUGUCUCGUGGAAUAGUGAAUCCAGCAUACAUUCCAUAUUCCGAUGUUUAUUGGUAUUGUGUUGUGGCUUUGUGAUUUAAUGCUGCCAUUUUUAGGCAUUUGACUGAAUAAAGCACUUGUACUUUUUGUAAUAUCA